AUGAUGGGAAGAUCAUCAAUAGAAGCAGGACGAAUAUUAAUUCGUGAAUUGGAUUUACCAAUAAAUGAACAAGAAUUUUUAAUAAAAUCAAAAGCACUUUAUCUAGAAGCAUUUUCAGCAUCUCAACUUUUACCAGGUGCUGAGCGUCUCACUCGACAUUUAGCUGCUCACAAUAUUCCGAUAGGCAUUGCUACGGGGUCUACACGUGAAUUAUAUAAUCUUAAAACUAGCACUAAUCGUGAAUUAUUUAAAAUAUUUAAUCCAAUAAUUUGUACAGAGCCAACUGAAGUACAUUUCUGUAAACCAGCACCAGAUAUAUUUCUAGCUUGUGCUAAACAAUUCUCUCAACCACCUGCUUCCAUGAGUCAAUGUUUAGUAUUUGAAGAUGCUGAGAAUGGUAUUCGAGCUGCUCUUGCUGCUGGAAUGAAAGUUGUAUUUGUACCAAGUCUACCUAUGAAUGCAUAUGAUCCAGACAUUAUUAAGCAAGCUACAAUAAUAUUAGAUAGUCUUCUUAAAUUUGAUCCUACUGAAUUUGGUCUACCACCAUUCGAUGAUACUUAG